AUGGCCUCCUCCGCUAGGACGUCGCAUAGCCAAGCCCGCACUUUUCCUAGAGAAGGCUUUGAGGUGCUUCCAUUACACGAGAAGAUAGAAGAGGAGAGAAUCCCUAACUAUAAGGCCGCAAGAUUCUACCCUGUACAGCUCGGCGACGUCUUCGACUCUAGAUAUCAGGUCGUUACUAAGCUCGGCUUUGGCACAGCUUCUACUGUCUGGCUCUGCCGGGAUCUCAAGGAAGAUGUCCUUCUUACGCUCAAGGUCUGCAUCACUGGAGAAGAUGCUACCAAUGAGCUCGCCAUCUCCCGCCAUAUCAAGUCAAUCGAUGCAGAGCAUCCUGGCGCGGCAAGACUGCGUGUGGUUCUCAACGACUUUCAGAUUAGAGGGCCUCAUGGGUCUCAUCGAUGUCUACUCUUUACCCCACUUGGCUUGACCUACACCGAUUUUCGAAAUCAACUCCCGGAGAAGGCUUUGAGCAAGGACCUCUUGCAACAGAGCUUGCUUAUGAUUUUGCUGGGCUUGGAUUUCUUGCACCAAGCAGGCGUGGUGCAUACGGAUAUAUCGCCAAAUAAUAUCCUUCUCGGGAUCAAAGAUGCUGCCGUGCUCUUGAAAGCUGAGCAAGCAGAACUAGAGAACCCGUCUCCGCGCAAGGUUCUGGCAGAUCGAGUCAUCCACCUAUCCUACACUAUGCCAAUCACCUACGGCGAGCCUGUCAUUUCCGACUUCGGUGCUGCUCGUUUGGGAGAGCCGGGGCAGAAGCACUCUGGCGACGUCAUGCCGGGGUUUUAUCGAGCGCCCGAAAUAGUUGUUGGCAUGGAAUGGGACUCUAAGAUCGAUAUAUGGUCGGUGGGAGUAAUGAUAUGGGACUUGUUCGAAGGAAGCCGUCUCUUCCAUGCAGCGAAGGACGGUCAUCUUGAUGAUGAGUUACAUCUUGCCGAGAUGGUGUCUCUCAUGGGACCCCCUCCAAGAAGGUUUCUGGAACGAAGUGAUAUGUGCAGUCGGUACUGGGACUCUGAAGGCAACUGGAUCGCCCAAACGCCAAUCCCCGAUCAGAGCCUCGAGACACGCGAGAGGCGUCUAGAGGGGAAGGAUAAGGAGCUGCUCAUCGCUCUCGUCCGUAAAAUUUUGCGCUGGCUCCCUGAAGAGAGGCCAUCUGCGGAGGACCUUUUCGGGGACGAAUUUCUGAUCCAGUGGAUAUCUGGAGAGAAGUGA